CUAUUUCUUCUCAUUGCUCACUUCAAAGUAGAAAACCAAACUUCCUUCUACACACUUCUCUGGCGAUGGCUGAUCUCCGAGUCGUAUCGAUAUUUGCUAUCAUUUUCACCUUCGUCGUGUUCGAUGCAAAUCUAACUUCUGAGGGAAGGCCGAUAAAAUCGGCAUGGCAGGAUGAACUCCGUGCAUUAAAUAACGACCAAAUGUACGAACGAGCAUCGCAGUAUCUCACCCCAUGCCAGUCUCCUGCAAGCGAUGAUCAUUCUGAUGGGAGGAAGGAGAUGGUUCCUUCACCUACAACACAUGAUCAGGCGGUCGAUUCGGGCGAUUUAGAGGCUGAGGAUGAUUUCCGCCCCACGGACCCUGGGAACAGCCCUGGAGCGGGCCAUUCCUUCAUAGGCUCAAAGAAGGGAGGUGCUCAACCGAAAGCUCCAAGUGGCGAUAAGGAGAGGCCAACCGUUAUGGGGACACUAGGCGAUUUCCGACCCACUGGACCGGGUCACAGCCCUGGUGUCGGCCAUGUAUUUGAAAACAAGAACGGUGAACCAAAAGCCUAGAUUACAACAAAAUAGAAAGUUUGGAGUUGUGUCGUGUGAGUCCUGUCAAUCCUGGUUCAGUUAGGUCUCGUGUCA